GAAACUUUAAUCUCAAAAGUUUGGAGAAAAAAUUAUCUUUGGAGAGAAAGAAAAGUUGGAAUGGAUGUGGAGGUUUGUAUUGUGCCUCAUCUUCCUUUCAUCGUCUUUGUCCAUUUCCUCAAAAUCUCUUCUCUUUCAAAUCAAUUCAGCGGAUUGAAAACAAACUCUCUCUGUAACAGCGAAAAAUAAGCGCUUUUCAGGCCAACCCCACUUCACCCAACUUCCCCAACUUUCCCUUUUGUUCUUCUUCAAUCUCCAUUUUCUUCUUCCUUCUCUAUUUUUUCCUUCUAAUUCCCUCAUUACAAUGCUGGGUUUAGCCCCUCACUUCUGUCUUCCUACCAUUUUCUUUGGAUCCGCCAUAGCCAUGGAUCACCCCUCUGCUUCUCGCCCUUCCUGUUCCCUUCACUUCUCUCUUCACCGAUCGCGUCCCAAUGCGGUUCGUUCUCGCCGUCCCAAGUCGAUCCUCAUUUCUUGUCACUCUUCUCGUGAUAGAUCCACCCACAGUGAUGAUGAUGAUAAUUCCCAUCAGGAUUAUUUCGAAGCUUCGUUUCUUGUUUCAGAGACUAUCUAUCACUAUCGAAUGUGGAAGAAGAGGUUUCAAGAGGAUGCGAAUUUCAACCAGAGAGAAUCUCGUGCCAAUUCUAAUUCACUUGGACUGGGGUUUUUUAGACGUUUUCGAAGCCCCACUGUAUUUCUCAAAAUUUCCUGCAAUGGAGACUUUCUACUGCCAAUUGUCGUUGGGGAAUAUGCUAUUGAGAAACUUAUUGAUUGUCAGCUUGGGAUUGAAAAUGGGGAGGCCCCGGAUAUUUUUCAGUUUAUACAAGACCUCAUUGUGAAGGUUGGCUAUGAGGCCAUCACAGCGAGAAUUACUGAAAGAGUGGUGAAUACUUACUUUGCCCGGCUCUUCUUGAGAAAGGAAGGGGAAAGUGAGAUGUUAAGUGUGGAUGCACGCCCCUCAGACGCCCUCAAUAUUGCUUAUCGGUGUAAGAUACCGGUACUUGUUAGUAAGCAGAUUGUCUUUGAGGAUGCGAUAAGAGUUAGUUACGGGUUUGGAAGAGUGCACGAGAGGAAGUCAUGUUUUGAUGUUUUACUUGACUGCGCUGCAGAUGGCCCAGAUUUCUUGUCUGAGGAACUCGAUAUGCUGAAGAAUAUGAAAAUUGCCAUUUAUGAAGAACGGUACAAAGAUGCAGCCAUGUGGAGGGAUAAAUUAACAAAGCUUCGCAAGUCGGUCCAUGAGGCGUAACUUCGAUAUUCAAACUUCCUUUAUCUGCCCUUGGACUUGUUCUUCAUGUAUGUAACUCUCUGUAAUCCACUGCCGUACGGAGAGAGGUACCAUACGGUGAAACAUGUAUGAACUUUUCUGAUACUGCACCCUAACAGGGCGACUCUUCUGUUGGGUAGGAAUUGUUCGCUCGCAGGCAUCUCUUAGAACAUUCAAUUCAGGAUUGAAUGGAUUAACGCUGAUGGGUUGUUACACAAUAUUGCAAAAAAUUAUCCAUAGUGAUGGUCGGUCUGUACAGUUACAGUUAAGAGAGUAUGUAAAUAUUACAUUUGGGUAGUCAAUGUGUUGUAUCUCUAAGAUAUGAAUGAGAUGGCUGAUAUUCUUUUUCAGCUGUAAGUUCGCAGAGAAUGAUAACAUAAAAAAUGGAAGCUUUUGUAUAUUCCAACAAA